AUGAACUGUGACGAAAACGACGAACUGUUUGAGCUUCUGAGUGAGGGGACGCAGCCUUUACUGCUUGCACAUCUCUCGAUUCCUGGUACCCAGCUUCCACCUUUCCCGAGUGAAAUUGCCUUGGAGGAAGCGGCCUCGCAACAAGGCCAUAAGCUCCAUUUUGAGUGCGUGAUCUCUGCCUGUGCCGGAUGGUGCGGUUCCCGAUUUUGUGCAGAUGCUAUCGGCAAUUGGCCGGCUGAUGCCCUCAGCCCCACCUUCGCCCAUCUCACAGCGCUGAAGUCCGCUCUGGAGCGAGGCUCUCCUGCAGAGCUUUUGGAGGAUCUCGGUACCGCAGUCCGGAAAGUAACGUCAAGAUUCUUUGCUGGUUCAGAGGAGGAGCUGGAAAACGUGCCGACCUGUACAGGGCAAAGCGAGAGCACUUCGCCCCGAGAAGGGGGAUUAAAUCUCGAUGACGAAGCUGCACCGACUGCGGAGCCUGAGUGGAUCUCGCGAAAGUCGGAGCAGAUGACCAAAUAUAUGUUCCUUGACGAAGGCAGCGAGAAAGGAACGGUCAAAAUCUACGUCAAGGCGGAAGAGCUGCAGAUCGACCAGUUUGCCGAUGCCUACGCUUCUUUCCAGGAGCGGCGGUUGUCGCUUUACUUGCUCGGCCCUGGUGGCCGAGUUUGGCGUCUCUCAGGGCGUCUGUUUGGCCCCGUGCAGGCAAAGGACUGCAAGUGCUCCUUGUCUGCAAGCGGCCACAAGGUGUCCGUGACUUUGCGGAAGUCCAGCACUUCUGAUCAGUGGCAUCGCUUGAUCGAAGAUCCAGGCAAAGAGCAGCUGGACAAGUCACAAGACUUUAUCUGA